AUGGUUGCUGGGUGUUGUAGUUUUCUGCCCUAUCCCUGCCCCUUCUGUUUCCGGUGCCGUCACGGGACAGAGCAGUCGAGGCUGCAUGAAGGGAGUGGAAUUGGAGGGCCCGUUGAUAAAUGGUUCAUAUUGCUAGCCUCUGACCCUCUGGAGACCCAGGCAGGGAAGGUGCAGGAGGCUCAGGACACAGACUUGGACGCUGAGGAAGGCGCAUCUGGCGGAGAGGCAGAGAUGGACUUCCUGAGGAAUCUCUUCUCCCAGACCCUGGGCCUGGGCUCCCAGAAGGAGCGUCUGCUGGAUGAGCUAACUCUGGAAGGGGUGGUCCGCUACAUGCAGAGCGAGCGCUGUUGCAGGGUCAUCUGCUUGGUCGGAGCUGGAAUCUCUACAUCGGCGGGCAUCCCUGACUUCCGUUCUCCAACCACUGGCCUUUACGCCAACCUGGAGAAGUACCAUCUUCCCUACCCAGAGGCCAUCUUUGAGAUUGGCUAUUUCAAGAAACAUCCGGAACCCUUCUUUGCCCUUGCCAAGGAACUGUAUCCUGGGCAGUUCAAGCCGACCGUCUGUCACUACUUCAUCCGCCUGCUGAAGGAGAAGGGGCUGCUCCUGCGCUGCUACACACAGAACAUUGACACCCUGGAGCGCGUGGCCGGGCUGGAGCCCGAGGACCUGGUGGAGGCCCACGGCACCUUCUACACAUCACACUGCACCAGCCAGCUCUGCCGGCGCGAGUACACCCUGGGCUGGAUGAAAGAGAAGCUCUUCUCGGAGGUGACCCCCAAGUGCGAGAAAUGUCAGAGUGUGGUGAAGCCUGACAUCAUCUUUUUUGGCGAGAACCUCCCGGCACGGUUCUUCUCCUGCUUGCAGUCAGACUUCCGGAAGGUGGACCUGCUCAUCAUCAUGGGCACCUCGCUGCAGGUGCAGCCCUUCGCCUCUCUCAUUGGCAAGGCACCGCUGUCCACCCCGCGCCUGCUUAUCAACAAGGAGAAGACUGGCCAUAUGGACCCCUUCCUCGGAAUGAUGAUGGGCCUGGGAGGAGGCAUGGACUUUGACUCGAAGAAGGCCUACAGGGACGUAGCCUGGCUGGGUGACUGUGACCAGGGAUGCCUGGCCCUCGCUGACCUCCUUGGAUGGAAGAAAGAGCUGGAGGACCUGGUCAGGAAGGAGCACGCCAGCAUAGAUGCCCAAUCGGGGCCCAGCACUCCCAACCCCACCACUGCAGCUUCCCCCAGGACGUCCCCACCUCCUGCCAAGGCGGAGGCCAAGACCACAGAGGGGGAGAAGUCCCAGUGACAGCCCAAGGCCCGGGCAGGACACCCAGCUGCUCUGGGACAGCGGAGCCCCAACCAGCAGCACCCGCCCUCUAACUUGGAGCCCUUGUCUGAAGAGCUCAGUCCACCCCUUCAGGCUCUAACCAGCCCUCUGGAAACUGAGGCCCCAGCUGCUCCACUGGGUCCCAGCAAGUCUCUAACAUCCCCUAGGACCGGGGUCUGAGCAGCCUGUCUUUAACAGUCCCUUCUCUAACCACCCCAGGCAUAAAUAAGAAGCAACCUCCCUUGACCUCUAACUGCUCCCAGGGGCACCCCAAAACUCCUGUGUCAUGACGGGGCUGAGGGCCCCCUACUCUCUCUACUGCUCCCAGGGGCCUGUGGACCCUGUAGCCCGAAUCUAACCUACCCCAGAUGGGGUGUCAGCCCUCAAAUACAACACACGCUCUGUGGGUGUGGGGAGCAUUCUGAGCCUGAAGGGCUCCCGAGGCUCUGCCACCGACACCCAAGAUGGGCCCCUUUCCCUUGGGACCCACUUCCCACCUGGGGUAGGCAGAACAUGUUGCUUAUUGGAGAUAAAUUAAAAACAAAAAACCAACUAACCAUCAGCUGUCUG